CUUUGAGUCCAAGUCUUGUGCCCUUCGCAAUGGCAGCCUCAGAGGGCGCCCGCCGCUUGCGGCUCAACAUCGUAGCGUAUCUGAGCAGCCAGGCUGUGGCGAAGUUCUUGAUCGUCGUGGAGGAGGAAUCUGGCAUGGAGGCGCUGUACACGAAGGCGCAGCAAGUCCUCAGGAGAACGGGCUUGCAUGCCACCAUCGUGGAGGUGCGUAACAGCUUCCAGGCGCUCGUCCCGACGGAUGAGUUCUUAGGUGACAUUUUCCGUGAUGGCGAGGAGGUGGUUGUUGUACUGCGAGGGCAAGAUGGUCAUUUGAUGGAGGAGCAGCCACCCCGCUUUGACAGGGGACAAGAACAGCCUAGACUUCUGGCGCCGCUGGCGCCACGGCGUGAGCAAUUUGUGGAGCCAGCCACAAGGCUAGCGCCGCACGACGAAUUUGGGCAGUCAGCCGCAAGGAUUUUGCCAGUCACCGCGCACGUCACCCUGCCGGAGUUUCACGACGAAUCCGAGCCUGACGAGGAAGAAGACGAGGCCCCGCUGGCUCCAGCAGAGGAGGACUACCCACCGCGGCCCGUCGGGCAGGUACCAGGGCCAACAGAAGACUUUGAGAUGGAGAGAAUGCCGUACGAGACUAUGCAGGUGGAUCACCCUUGCGACCCCGUGCAGCUGGGCGCCUACGAUGACAGUUGGCUCGUGGAGCACCUCACACCCAGGCUCCGGGACUUCAUCAUCUCGCGUUUUCAGCCAGAUCUCAUCACAGAGCCCAAGUACGUUGCCUCCAUCGGGAAGUAUGUGGGUGCCAAAUUUCGGCAGACCUGUGGAGCCUUCGUCUCUGUAUUUAUGCGGCCUCAGACGGCUUUGAAGUCGGAUCCCAGUGCUACCAUGCCGGUGCACUAUAAUAUCCCCAAGUCGGAGCUCUUCAUGUUCAUGCGCAAGGUGGAAGUGCAGAUUGAAGAGCUGCAGAAGCAUCAGGAGGUCCUCUCAGCCUCGCUGCGGGCACUUCGGGCCCUUUUAGCAAAGGGAAUGGCAGAGAGCGACCUGGUUGCUGUGAUGCUGCCAUUGAACUACCAUGCCUUUGCAGAGGUGGAGGGCUCCAUGAUCGAGGCCGAGCAGCCCUUGCCCAUGGCUGCAGGAAGGCAUCCUGUAGUGAUCAUCGAUACGUCAGGAGCCGUGGCUGAACACUUGAUCUACGUCAAGGCGGCGGUGAAGCGGGCCUUGCACACUCACAUGGGCUGCAAAUCCUCCUUCCAACUGGUGCGCUUCCGCCGUGGCGAGCCACGGCUUUGGGCGCAGGACAUGAUGGCACCAACAGAGAAGGCAUUGCAAGCGGCAGAGGACUGGAUAGACCGGCUGGAACCAACGGAGUAUGGCAAUCUCGUCGAGGCUGUGCGUUUUGCACUGGCCUUCAAGAAUUGCGAUGAGAUUUGCAUCAUCUCGAGUGCCAGUGCCUACAGACAUACCGAGCACGAGAAAGUUUUGGCCAACGUUCGCUCGGUCAACAAGAGGGAGGUGGCCAUACACACGACAGGAGUCGAGCCAGAUCCUCACGGAGAACUGCUCCUCAGGAGCAUUUCCGAGAGCAAUCAUGGCGACUUCACCUUGAAGUCUUUUCAAGAUCAAGGCGACGCUCGGCGAGACAUGCAGACGCCCAGUUCGGCCACGCCGGAGGAGCUGGCAGAACGCCUUCGCGUUGGACGAGCAAAUGUCAUCCCAGGCCAAGACAGUAAGUGGACCUCCUGGCGAACAAUGCUAGUCAACGAGAAGACCAAGAAGCUUUCGGAGAGCUUCAAGCAACAGAAGAUGAGCAUUGGCAGCCAGGUCAACAUCUUGGCUGUGAUGCUCCGGGAGGAGGGCCAGUUUGAGGAGAGCUGGCGGCAGGAAUGGACCUGCGCCCAGCAGCUUUUGGCAAAGGUCCCCGAGUGCCCAGACCGCGACAUGGUCCGCGAGCUGGAGCGCAAUGCUUCUCAGACCAUCUCAGCCCGCGUUGGCGGGGGCUUCAUCUACCACACACGCCAGAUGGAGCUGGGCAUGGAGAAGCUCUUUGAGCACCGCGGUGCUAAGCCUUGGAGCGCUGAAUCCGAGAGCACGGCGGUGGGCCCCAAGGUGCCCUGGCCAGAUGCAGAGGGUCGAUCUGCCAAGUUUCCUGCAGCAGACGAGAUGCCCCUGGCCUCACAGGAGUCAGAGGCGCCCGCGAUGCGCAAGGCACCAAAAGCAUGGGCUCCCGGACGGGAUGCGUUGAGGGCGUCUACAUUGAGACGAUCAGUUUCGCGACAGAGGCCAGACUCGUUGAGCCCCAUGCCCAAAGCAGCUGAGCUACGGAGCCCAUCGGACCGCAGGGCGCAGCCUGGCCAGCGGCGGAUGACACAGCAGAGGCGGCCUCGACCACGAACGGCUGCAUCACCCGCAAGGCCAAGGCCUGCUAGCAGGGAGCGCUUUGCCGCUCCGAAGAAGAUGAUCGCGGCCAGAACCGGCGGUGGCUUCAUCUAUCAGCAGGUCCGGCCACCGCGGCCGCCCUCACCUCCAGAGAUGGGGCCUGCCGAGCCUUUGGAGAGGCGGUGGUCCUUCUGAGUCGACACCAUGGCGCUGCAUGACUUCUUUUGCCUUUCUUUUGCCUUUCAUUUGUGCCAUGGUGUCAUGGCAUGACAUCGCUUCCCAAAUUUUCUGAAGCUUCUGCUUUGCUUUGGGCAAUCCGAGUGCAUGCUGGGCCCGCGGAGCUGAAGACUGGUUCAAGGCCGGUGACCCUUGCAGAUUCCUGCGUCUAAGAGAUCAUCUCACUGCCACUGAAGGGGCAAGCGAAUUCAACAGAGCACUAGGCACCGGUGAGAGCAUGGCACCUCACCUCACUUGCGCCGUUGAUUUGGGAAACCUGAAUCAAAUUUGGGCGCAGUGAGUGCAGCAAGAACCAGGCUUGGCAAAAAACGACCCGAGUCUUAUUUGUGCGAGCAUCGAAGAACAAGACA